AUGGCAGCAGGCGACGGCGACAGCGAUCAACCGCUGUCUCUCCGACCAAAUCCCGUCGCUGAUCGCAAACCUCAAAACAUUGCCGAGUUCAUUGCUCGCGUCAACGCGGAGCCCGGAGGAUUCAGAGCUCUAUCGGAGGCUAAGCUAAGAGAGGAGAUUGCACAAGAGAAUGCGGCCAACGGAGAUGCGCAGGACAAAGACGCCGACAUGGCGGACGGUGACGAAGACGACGACGACGAUCAGGAUGCCAUGAGCGACCCCCAGGAAGUGCGCAUGGAAAUGCUGAAGAACCUCGACGUCGCAGCAAACACAGCCCUCCUUACUCUCGACUUCCUCUCCCUCCUCAUAUCGAAGCAGAACCCUACACAAGCCGGAGCAACUCUAUCGCAGGGCCUUCGAGAAAUGGUCGGCAUAGGCACAUUGGGCGCUGAUAAGCUGGAUAACCCGCCCAUUACCCCAGCCAAGGCGCAAGAGCAGGAGAAUAUCGCUUUAGGAUUGACUCUAAUGCAGACCGACAAGGCACGAGAUGCUGCUGAGGCUGCUAGCUCCUUCUUAGAAAAAGAGGUUACGGCCGAGGGGAAAUACUGGGAGGAAAUCUUGGCUGUUCAAAAGACUGGCUGGUCUAUAUCCAGGGUUCCCCAAGAGAGACAUAUCCUGGGUGUCCGGUUCGGCUUUUUAGAAGCUGCACCUGAGUAUAGAAAUAGCCUUGCACCUAUGAGACGAGGCGACGACGGUGCAGUUCAACUUGACUGUGGCCGGCUGGGAGGAGUGUCAGAACGAGUCGUGGUCACCUAUGAGAAGGAUGGCCAAAUCACCGGCCGCUCUGCUUUACCAGCGGAGACAGCCGAUGACGCUCCCCUCGAGCAGAGAGUUCUUGAAGCUCGCAACACUAUAUUCUCACAAGAGCUUUGGCACGAGCUUACACGUGAAGCCCGCACCCUAGCAGCCUACGAUGUUAAGCUAGAUGGUCCGCGGUUAAUCUGCGACAUUGACCCUGCGUCCAAAUCAAGGAUUAUUUUGGAGUUGGUGCCGCUAAGUUCUCAGGCUUCAUCAGAUGAGACUCUUCCUGACAGUCACGCCGCUGAGACGAUAUCGCUCGCUUUACACAUCCUCCUUGGCUACGCUCACAGACAGAACGAGCUUACGAGGACACGCCCUAUGCCACCGCACAUCCCGCGAUCUCGAGGUCAACAAACCAACGCCCUCCUUCGACCUAUUGUUGCUCGCCUCAUGCACCUCCACAACGUCCAGCUCGUUACCAAGCACAUCGGUGCCCUUGUCCAGUCACUCAAGCGCGCCGGUCUCCCCUCUCGCUUUGUCCUUCAUACAGCCACAACCUCCCUCUCUGACUCUGAUCCUGCGAGCCAAGGUCCUAAUCAGCUUGCAUCUUCGCAAACCAUGAUCCGAAACAUGCUCCAGCCAAUCGAGUUCAACAUCAAGCUCACUAUCCUUCCAAACACCACAUUUACUGUUCGUGGCCGAACAUUCCACUUCCCUGUUACCGCGACAUACUAUUAUGUAAUCACGCCUCCUAACUCACCUCUGUCAUCUGUCUGCGCUCCCUACCGGGACGGAUAUCCAGACCCUGAUGCCCUGGCUGACUAUCUCGGCACUGCGACCACACGUCUACUUGUCGAGCACUAUCUCUCUAGUCUUUCCUCUCCUUGGAUCAAGAGUAUUCAAGGUAACUCCAUCCGGAACCUCGAGAACGAAGAGUUUGAGCUGUUUUUCGCGAUCACGGAAACGCCGGCCUUGCUGGUGAGGAGCACGGCCUUAGCCGACGGAAAGACGAUGCGUCAGGAGUGGACCUGGUCAGAUGACACCACGAAGGACCCUGUGCAGGAUAUAGUCGACCGCGAGACUCAGAAGAUGUCUUCUUAG